AUGGCUUCUAGGUCAAAGAUGCCUGAUGACUUCAAUAUAUAUUCUCUUCUCAAGGGUGCCCUUCCCUUGGAGAGUUCGGAGGAGCCAAUGGACAGUUCUGGAGACGAGACAAACCCACGCUACCAAGGACUAACCGGCCUUCGGAACCUGGGCAACACCUGUUAUAUGAAUGCUGUGAUUCAGUGCCUCUGUAGUGUAUCCCCACUGGUAGAAUAUUUCCUCUCUGGGAAGUAUACAGCAUCACUAGACAAGGAGAAUGGAGAGAUAGCAACAGCCUUUGCUUAUUUGAUGAAUGACAUGUGGCUUGGAGACUUUGACUGCGUAUCCCCCGAGGUUUUCAGACUGGUCAUUGGGGAGCGAUACCCUGCUUUCAUCAAGAAGACCCAGCAGGAUGCUCAGGAGUUUCUGAUAUAUGUCUUGAAUGAACUGCAUGACGCUCUCAAGAAAACAAGCAGGAGGAGAAACCCGGGGACCUCAUCAACUGCUUGGGAAUCCAGGGGUUGUGUCAGCGAAUGCUCCGUUAUCACCCGGCUUUUUGAAGGACAUCUCAGUUACGACAUCAUAUGUCUGGAAUGUCAAACCACCACAUUUAGAAACGAGAUCUUCACCGUAUUAUCUCUUCCCAUCCCUUAUGAAACUGAAUGCUCCCUGGAGGAAUGUAUCGAAUGUUUCUUUCAGCAAGACAUGUUGACUUGGAACAACCAGAUUAACUGCUCCUGCUGUGGGAUAAAAACAGAUGCUGCCGUGAAAGCCAGUAUAGCCAAGGCACCAAAAAUUGUUAUAUUCCAUCUAAAGAGGUUUGAUUGUCAAGGCAGUUACAAAAAGAAACUGAAAACUGACAUCUACUAUCCGCUAAAUAACCUGGAUCUGUCCUCUUAUGUAUAUCCACUCUUUCGGAAAAAUCCAAAAUACAACUUAUUCGCUGUGGUGAACCAUUUUGGAGAUCUCGAUGGUGGCCACUACACUGCAUUUUGCAAACACACAGUGUCUCAAAGCUGGUACAAUUUCGACGACUCUCAGAUCAGCGAGAUCCCAGAUUCUUCUCUACAAACGUCUGCAGCUUAUCUCCUGUUUUACAGCAGUCAAACUUUCUCUGUACCUGUAAAAAACCAAAAUGGCUAGGAAACAGACUGAGAACGAUAACGUCAGUAGGAAGCAGCAACACUGUUAGCAAACAUUCACUG